AUGAACGGGAUUCUAGCUCAAGUGUGUUUGCUGGGAUAUCUGCUGCAGGCCCUGACUGAACCCGUCCCAGCAUCAGAGUUUGUUUUGGACGGAGAUUUUUUUCUUGGUGGACUUUUUGACAUUCAUCAAGUCAGUCACGGUCUUUCUCAGGACAGACCAGAGGCUUUCGCUUGCUCAAGUCAGCCUUUUAUUCUAUCAAGUUAUCGGAGAUUUCAGAUGAUGAGGUUCUCUAUAGAGGAAAUCAAUAACUCUACUAACUUGCUGCCAAAUGUAACUCUAGGCUAUAAAAUAUUUGACCACUGCUCAGACAGACAAAAUUUUCCAGAUGUUUUCAAUCUCAUCUCUGUGAAUGGUUUCAUCAAACCCUGGAAUGAAUCCCCCAAGAAUACCUCAAGAAUGAUCGCAGUGGUUGGCACUUAUACAAGCACGGCGACGCUGAGUUUUGCCCCGCUCUUGAUGAAGGAUCUCAUUCCCCUGGUCAGCUAUGGUGCUGCUAGUUCUGUCUUUUCAAAGAGGUAUCAUUUUCCAUCUUUUUUAAGAACAAUACAUCCAAACAAAGAUGUUAUAAAAGUUAUUCUGAUGAUUCUGAAAGAAUUUGACUGGCGCUGGGUCUCCUUCCUACACAUUGACGACGAAUACGGCAGAGAUGGCCUGGACUUAUUUAUCAAGAGCAUUGCUGAUACUGAAAUCUGUCUGGCAUACAGAAACAGCCUUGAUACUUACACAAAUUACACAAAAAUUUUCCAACUAAUGAACUCUCUUAGGGUCAAUGUCACAAUUGUUUUUGCACCAGAAUGGACUGCUGAAGCUCUCAUUAAGGCCGCCAUAAAGCACAACAUCAUCAACAAAGUGUGGAUAGCUGUGGAUGCCUGGUCCUUACACAGAAAGCUUCCCAAAGAAAAUGGAAUAAGAAAAAUCGGAACCGUAGUUGGAAUUGCUGAGCCAGUAAUCCCAAUUCCAGGUUUCAGAGAUUUCAUCUAUUCUUUGGAAGCCCGGUAUCAGCAGGAAGAUGCAAACAAAGGAAAGGUCUGUAAUCAGAUCUGCAACUGCACCAAUGUGACAGCCCAAGAUAUCAUCAAUGCAGAUCCAUCUUUCUCCUUUUCUGUUUACGCUGCUGUGUAUGCCAUCGGCCAUGCUUUACAUGCUGUGUUGCAAUGUGGAGUGGACACCUGUAACAUCAGCAUACCGGUACACCCGCACAUGAUUUUAACAGAGCUGAGAAGAUCAAAUUUUUCACUUCUAAACCAGAGGGUUCAGUUUGAUGAAAAUGGGGACCCCAAGUAUGGAUCAUAUUCAAUAGUUUUCUGGAACGAAAGUGGUGAGGCAGAGGAGGUUGGCUUUUACAGUUUCCCUCCAUCAUUCCAGUUCUUCAUCAACAAGAGCAAAAUCAAGUGGCAUGAAAAUGGGGAGGUGCCCGUGUCAUUUUGUUCCCCUGAGUGUUCAGAAGGGUUUGCAAAAAAGCAAGAAGGAACUCACAAGUGCUGCUUCAAUUGUACUAUUUGUCAAACAGGAACUUAUAUUAAUAGUACAGCGAAUCCUUACGACUGCAUCCGCUGUAAGGAGACAGAGUGGUCUGAAGCAGGAAGUACUUCAUGCAAUCUGCGGCGGGAGGAGUACACAACUUUCUCACACGGUGGAGCUGUGGUGAUCAUCGUCGGAACUUUGAUCUUUGUGUGCCUCACCGUAGCUGUAUCUGUUCUCUUCAUACGCAAUUACAAGUCACCUGUUGCAAAAUCUGCUGGAGGGCCGAUGUGCUUCCUAAUUUUAGCAUGCCUAAGUCUGUCGAGUAUUAGUGUGUUCUUUAACUUUGGUAAGCCCACACCUGCUUCUUGUGUCUUGAGGUAUUUCCCAUUUUUGCUUUUCUUUACUAUUUGCAUUGCAUGCUUUUUAGUACGCUCAUUUCAAAUUGUUUAUGUUUAAAAUGGCUUCCAAGUACCCCAUCCUCCUCAACUGGUGGAUGAAAUACCACGGGCAAUGGUUGGUCAUCAUAUCAACGUCUUUCUUCUGUUCUUGCUUUUCGCUGCCUCAUGGCCUCCUUACAUAGCUGACCUCGAUAGAAAUGCCAGGGUGAGGCAGGAGUAUCCAGCCAUUGACCUUAAGAGAGGCAAGCUCCACCGUCAUGCGGUGCGACCCGGCACCAUCCCGCUCAGAAAUGACAGUCUGGCCCGGCACAUACGGGAGAUGUCAACUGACACGGAGGAACAGCUGUGCACAAGGUUGCGCGGCUGUCCCUUCAGUGUCCAGCUGGAUGAGACCACCACGGCCGGCAACAAUGUACUCCUGAUGGCCUAUGUCCGCUACGUGUCCGGGAGGGACCUGGUGGAGGAUUUCCUGUUCAGGGAACACCUGAGGGAAAACCAUCUUCAACGCCCUGACUAA